AUGAAUUAUGCUGCACCAACAAACAGAUUGUCUCAAACAAGAACAAAACUAACUACAUGGCAAAAGGUUAUGGAAAUAAAAAAAUUUUUAGGACAUAUGUGGGGACUUUUUGUUGAUCUUCCACGUAUGAUAUUGGAUAAAUUUGGAAUAUCAUUAGACUUCUGGUCAAUAAGUCCAGCAUUAUGUUCAAUGUGCAUUUGUAGUUCAUUUAUAACUAUGGCAAUUUCUAUUGGAAUUGGAUUAGGUAUUGGACUUGGUGUUGGAUUGAAUUGUGCGCAAUCUGAAAGUGCUGUUGCAAUCGCUACCGAUGUAACCAGUUUGGUAGCCGCUGCUAAGGCGGCUGCUGAUCUAACGGCUGCUAAGGCAGCCAUUUAUUAUGCAACCACUACAGAGAGCCCUUCUCCAUUGGCUACGCCUUUUCUUUGA